AAAAAGUUCGUUCGCGUCAAGAGCCAAAGUAGAGCGGCUUUACUCCGUUCUUUAUUUGACGAAUUUGUGGUAAAAUAUCCCAUUUCCGGGAUCAUGGAUGUGGUGGAUCUUGUGAGUGAUGACGAGGAAGACCUCCUAGAUGCAGCUUAUGUGAAGGAAGAGUACGAUGAGGACCAAGAAGGAAUGGAGUUUGGAGACCAAGAUGGCUACUUUUCGGAGUAUACAGAAGAGCCAAUGGAGAAUAUAAAGCAGGAAGGAGACUCAUCGAUGAACAAUACAAAUGAACAAAAUUCACCUCAAAAGACUUUUUCGUGUGAUGAGUGCUCCAGAGUGUAUCACAACAGACAGUCCUUGUGGUAUCACAAGAAGACUCACAACCCAGACCCACCUGAGUCAUGUUCUGUUUGUGAAAAAAUAUUCACAAAUCCAGUAUCCCUGAGGAAGCAUAUGCGAGCUCAUGACAGGGAGAUGAGAAUGGCUUCGGGAACUCAACAAAGUUUGAAGAGCGUGGAAACAGAUGUUCUUCCUUCGUAUUCACAAACAGUUGUGAAAGAAGAACCAAAAUAUGAUGCUCCACUAACACUGCAAGACUAUCACUGGGCAGAAGAAGCAGAAGACACAGGUCAAAAGAGAUUCCAAUGUACGCUUUGUCCCCGCUCGUACAUGCAAUCGUACAACUUGACAAGGCACUACCGGAUGCACAAAUUAGGGGUGUUUAGCUGUGAUAUUUGUCGGCUUACCUUCAAGAAGCAAACAUACCUGAUUAAUCACAAAAAGACACAUGAGAACAAAGAAAUAAAUGAGCAGAAAAAUCGUCCGCGUACCCCGAAAACAAAAGUAAAAGCCGAAUACAAUAUUCCUUCGCGCUUUCCGCGUCUUGCAAAGACUGCAGCGAACGCUGCAACUUUACAACAGCAACAGAUCCCAGUAGUGCAGCAGAUUUCGACACCAGUAAAGCCUCGUCCUACUGCUACAAAGGUUAAGCGAUCAAAUCCUAAACAGAAGAGAUUUCAGUGCGAAAAAUGCUUCACAACAUUCAAACAUUCGCGCAAUUUAUUUCGGCAUCGUCAGCUCCAUUUGCGCAAAGGGCCUUUCAGUUGUGACAUCUGCGGUAUAUGUUUUCCAGAGGAAAAAUCCAUGAAUCUUCAUCGCGGGAAGCACCCAGAUAUGACACCAUUAGCACAGAAAAUUGCCGAAAAUACUGAGCUUGCUGAAGAAUCUUGGGAGUCAAUAGGUGAGCAGUACACUGUGACGAUGGAAGUAGGAACAGAUGAGAUUGAAACAAGUAGUGUAGCGAAAGAUGAAGAUGAUCCAUACAAAUGCACUGUUUGCAAUGUAUUUUUCAAGAUUGCGGAUAAUUUUGAGCGACACAUGAGAUGGAAGCACAACAUUGAACCAAACAUUCAAGAUUAUACCUUUAAAAGUAACCACAAGUCGGGGGAGGAUGAAGAGGAAUAUGAAGCAAAGCCUCAGCAGUAUUAUCAAAUUCCUAUUAAACCACAUUAUCAAUGUGAGUUUUGCAAGAGAAAUUUCCUGGAGAAGGAUAUGCACGAUCGGCAUUUGGAAGCAGCUCAUUACGGGAUGACACCUUCUACAAAAGCAUCUUUGAUGGACUAUCAGGAAGGUGAAAUACCAACAGGACCACCUAUGGUAGCUACAACAUCUCAUGUAAAGAGUGUGAGUGGUCAUCUCUUAAAAAAAGAGCGUUUAAAAACCAACAAGUAUGAUAAGAAAGUAUAUCCCUGCCACCUGUGUGGCUUGGAGUAUAAAUGGCAUCACGAUCGUCUGGCACACCUAAGGCAACACGAACGUGGAGAACUGAUCGCUAAGUGUCCAUACUGUGAAGGACGAUUCAGGACAAAGCGAGGUAUAGUCCAGCAUAUUGGUCUUAAACACAAGAAGGGAUCUACGAAAAUUGUACGACCGUUUCUAUCUCAGAAAACUCCACUCAGGAUCAAGAAACGCAGAGUUCAAGUGAAGCAAGAAAACGCUAAAAGAUCUAUUCCAAAAGCUUCAGAGAACUAUGAUGCAACUUCAGAACAAUUUUCUCAACAACAAGGUGAACAAGACGAACCAUCAGUUGCUGAUGAAUCCACUGAUCAAUCGAAUUCUGGGAAAAAUCAGUGUAAUGUUUGCUUCAUCUUCUUCACUACUAAACAAUCCCUGGCUAGACACAUGAAGGCUCACAAUCCGGAUAGGAAGAUGUACAAAUGCCGUCUCUGUGGCCUUGAGUAUUUCUGGUAUCAGGAUCUCCAUUCGCACAUGAAGCUACACGAACGUGGGGAAUUGACAGCAACUUGCCCACAAUGCAAUGGGGCAUUUAGAACUGAGAAAGGUGUUCUAGGGCACAUAGCUCGUCAUCACAAGCCUGGAAAAAUUAACACCGGCUAUCCUCGAAUUAUGAAGUCUGUUGUACCUUCUAAAACAGUACAAGUGAAAACAAUGCAGAAGGUGAUUAAGCAGGAAAAAGGAAGUGAAAGUGCCCCAUCGAUGAAAUAUGAAUGCAAGAUCUGUUUCAAGUGCUUCCGUGAACCACAUCUAUUGAAGAAACAUAAGAUCCUUCACAAUGGACCAAAGCAGGAAUUCACAUGCCCGCUGUGUGGCCUUGGUUAUCUAUGGGAUAAGAAUUUGCAGACACAUAUAAGGCAGCAUCAGAGGGGACAAUUAAAGACCACAUGUCCCAAGUGCAAGGGAAUGUUUGCGACUAAGCAAGGUGUUGUUAAGCAUAUGUCAAGGAAGCACAGAGAUGCCGAUGAAAUAAAUGCUUCUGACAUUACCUAUGACCAGGAUGCUUCUCAAACUCAAGAUAACAAUGAGAAUGAUGAAGAUUUUUACAAGACAAAUGAGUCGACAGCAACGGUUAAGCAGGAAGGAAGUGCUCCCAAUGCAUCAACUUUAGGUCAAUUUCAGUGCAACAUCUGCCCAAGUUUCUUCUUCGAUAGCCACUCACUGCAGCAGCAUAUGGAGGAGGCUCACAAGGAAUCGAAGAAAAUGUAUUCCUGCCCUCAGUGUGGGUUGCAGUACAGCUGGCCCAGUGACUUGCAGGCACACAUAAAGAGACACGAACGUGGGGAACUAACAAUCAAGUGCAACGAAUGCGAAGGGAGAUUCAAGACCCAAUUGGGUCUAAUACGUCAUGUAAAUUCCACUCAUAAGGAGCAUAAAAUCAUCCCCCAUAACAUUAUUAUCACACCCAAUAUCAAGAAAAUGUUGCAACGUGGAAGUAAUUUCAUCAAGCGAAGGAAUAGACCGACAAUUGAUAGCAAUUUUCAAUGCAAUGUAUGCACAAAGUUAUUCCAUAGCAAGAAUAAUCUCAAGAGGCACAUGGUGACGCACAAUCCAAACCGAAAACUAUUUCCCUGCCUUGUGUGUGGCCUGGAGUAUAGCUGGUAUCAGGAUCUGCAGUAUCACAUGAUGCGUCACGAUCGUGGGGAACUACCGUCUAAAUGUCCAUACUGCGAAGCGAGAUUUAAGAGUGAUAAGGGUGUGAUUAGGCACGUAAAUCUCAAGCACAAGGAGGAGAUGUGAAUGUUGUCCCUCUUGCAGCGUUAUAGGAAUUGAAUUAAUAUUGAAAUGUAAAGAGAAAUAAAACUACUGAGGAAAUUCAAAAAA